UAUUCGUUGCCACAACUGCCUGACUGCUGUCAAACCGAAGCAAAAUUUCACGGGCGGUGGUGUGUUAAUACUCGUGCAAACGUGGAACGGACGAAGCAGAAGCAGAAAGAAAGGAAGAAAAACCUUAAUUAAAUAGUGCAAUCGUCACGAAUUAUCAGUGCAUAAAUACCCGCUAUAGCAAGCAAGUUAUAUUGAAGCGAAAUGAGUGGACCAGCAGCGACAGCUCCAGCCACGGCGACAAAUAAGGAUGGCGAUUCAGCAGCGGUUGUACCAAAGCGGCGUGGUGUCGUGAAACAGGUUCUUUCUGGUGACACCGUUGUUAUUCGUGCCCAAAAAGGUGCGCCCCCUCCGGAAAAACAAAUCACUUUCUCGUAUGUUCUUGCACCCAAGCUAGCACGUCGCCCAGGCGCCGGAGGCGAUGAAACUAAAGACGAACCCUGGGCUUGGGACUCCCGCGAAUUUCUACGGAAGAAACUCAUCGGCGAAGAAGUUUUAUUCUCCUUUGAGAAACCUACCAAUUCCAAUCGGGAGUAUGGUUUUGUUUGGCUCGGUAAGGAUGCUGAAAGCGGCGAGAAUGUUGUCGAGACUAUGGUACGCGAAGGUUUUGUGACAGUCCGCCGGGAGGGUAGACCAUCUAACGAACUGCAACGUCUUAUCGAGCUAGAAGAUCAAGCAAAGUCGGCGAAUCGCGGCAGAUGGUCACAUGUUCCAACUGUUGACAAGGUGCGCUAUAUUAAAUGGACACAAGAAAAUCCUGCUCAUCUUGUUGAAUAUUAUGGUGGUAAACCCGUUAAAGCUAUUAUUGAACAUGUUCGAGAUGGGUCGACGGUUCGUGCCUUCUUGCUGCCUGAAUUCCAAUACAUUACUUUAAUGAUUUCGGGUAUCCGUUGUCCAGGAGUGAAACUUGAUGCGGAUGGCAAACCGGAUCUGAGUGUGAAAAUUCCAUUUGCCGAUGAGGCGCGUUUUUUCGUGGAAUCGCGUUUACUUCAGCGUGAAGUUGAAAUACGUCUUGAGUCCGUCAACAAUUCAAAUUUUAUUGGCACAAUCAUAUUCCCAAAAGGCAACAUUGCCGAAUCGUUGCUGCGCGAAGGUUUGGCUAAGUGUGUCGACUGGUCGAUGGCCGUCAUGAAGAGUGGUGCCGAUAAGUUACGUGCUGCCGAACGAACUGCUAAGGACAAACGACUGCGCUUGUGGCAAGAUUACCAAUCCAAGGCGCCUACUGUGAAUGCUAAGGAAAAAGAUUUCACUGGUACUGUAGUAGAAGUGUUUAAUGGCGAUGCUAUAAGCGUCCGCCUGUCAAAUGGACUAGUCAAGAAGAUAUUCUUCUCUUCGAUUCGUCCUCCACGUGACACUCGCUCCGGUGUCGGUGCUGAUGGUGAGGUUGUGUUACCUCCACGCGGUAAAAACUACCGCCCACUAUAUGAGAUUCCCUUUAUGUUUGAAGCACGUGAAUUUUUGCGCAAAAAACUGAUCAAUAAAAAAGUACAAUGUAAUUUGGAUUACAUUUCGCCAGCACGCGAUAAUUUCCCCGAGAAGUAUUGCUACACCGUUUUGGUGGGCGGACAGAAUGUCGCUGAAGCUAUGGUCGCGAAGGGUCUAGCCAACUGCGUACGUCAUCGUCAAGAUGAUGAUCAGCGUUCUUCAGUAUACGAUCAGCUUCUAGCUGCAGAAAGCCAGGCUAUCAAGGGUCAAAAGGGUAUGUUUGGCAAAAAGGAUAACGUGCCAUUACGUAUUAAUGACUUGACUGUUGAUCAUUCCCGCAUCAAAGUACAGUAUCUACCAUCUUGGCAGCGGGCUCUGCGUACCGAGGGUAUAGUUGAGUUCGUUGCAAGUGGUUCACGUCUACGUUUGUACGUGCCGAAGGAUAGCUGCCUGGUGACAUUCCUACUGGCUGGCAUUUCAUGUCCGCGUUCCUCACGCCCUGCACUGAAUGGCAGUCCAGCACAAGAAGGUGAACCCUACGGUGAGGAGGCCUUAGCUUUCACACGUGACCGAGUUUUACAGCGGGAUGUCUCGGUGCAUAUUGAUACCACGGACAAGGCCGGAUCUUCAGUUAUCGGUUGGCUUUGGACGGAUAACAAUGUUAAUUUGUCAGUGGCAUUAGUCGAAGAAGGACUCGCCGAAGUGCACUUUAGCGCUGAAAAAUCUGAAUAUUACCGUCAACUAAAGAAUGCCGAAGAUCGCGCUAAGGCUGCCAAGAAGAACAUAUGGGCAAAUUACGUAGAACAAGUCGUUGAAGAGAAACCAGUGGUGGUUGAAGAGGAGAAAGAUGAAAAGGCACCCGUAGAACGUAAAGUGAACUACGAGGAUGUUAUUGUAACCGAGAUUACUGCUGACUUGACAUUCUUUGCGCAAGCCGUUGAGAAUGGAGCAAAGUUGGAGGCAAUGAUGGCCAAGUUGCAUGCCGACUUCCAAGUCAACCCGCCAAUAGUUGGCGCUUACACUACUAAGCGCGGAGAUGUAUGCGCAGCUCAAUUUUCUGCCGACAAUCAGUGGUAUCGUGCCAAGGUGGAACGUGUUCAAGGCAAUAAUGCUACUGUGCUCUAUAUCGACUAUGGCAACAAAGAGACUGUGCCUACAAACCGUUUGGCAGCCCUGCCUUCUGCAUUCACCAGCGACAGGCCGUUUGCCACCGAGUAUGCGCUUGCUUUGGUUCAACUUCCCUCCGAUAAUGAAGACAAGGAAGAAGCACUACGAUUGUUUGCCGAGGAUGUGCUCAAUCGCACUGUAAAAUUGAAUGUCGAACUAAAACCUGCCACUGGGCCGGCAUUGGCAACGGUGCAUGACCCAGCUACCAAUGCCGAUAUUGGUAAGCAAUUGGUAGCUGAUGGCUAUGUGUUAGCCGAAAAACGUCGCGAACGUAAGCUUAAAGAUUUGGUGGAGCAGUAUAGGGCUGCCCAGCAAGCCGCGCUUACUGCGCAUUUGGGCAUUUGGAAAUAUGGUGACAUCACUCAGGACGAUGCGCCUGAAUUUAGCCGCUAAAACGGACGUGCGCGAUAGCGUUUUAAAUGUUUGUCUGUCACAUACCCGCCCUACAAAAACAACAACAUUCAUAGCUACAUACAUAAAUGAAAAAAUAACGAAAAAUAAAUGAAAAUGAGGUAUAGUAAGAAAAAUUACAGUAACUUGACAAGAAUUGAUUCAAAACAACAUACUCAAGUAGAGUAAAGUUCGAACAGAUAUUCAUAAAGUAAUAUGAAGUGCAAAAAAACCCAGAACAAUAUUACAUACACACACCAGGAGCGACGUAGUUGUACAUUAAAAAUAAAACAAAAUAAUCUGUACACAACAACAACGUCGGCAAUGCAUAAAUGCAUUACAGCUGGGCUUAAAGAUCGAUGUCUUAUCAUGCCAAUGCAGAAGUAUCCACACAAGCUUCGCAUAUAAAUACAUACUUCCAUGGCCACUAAAAUUGUAAAACAAAUAAAUAAAACAAAUCAAAAAAAUUUUUUAAGA